AUGGUUUCAGAUGACUGCCUUUCCAGAAGAAGUAAGCGGAAAUUCAGCCAGGUUACACUUCUUCAGUUGAACUUCUCAAGAUCCAAAGUUAAAAUUCGCUCUGGUGAGCUAGCUGAUAAGCAAAAUCAAGUUUUCCUGAAUGAACCCAAACGUAUAAGCACUUGUGGUGCAACUCAAAAUUCAAAUGAGUUGGAGUGUUGUGAAGAAAAUUAUAAUGAGCUCCACUCGAUGUCGUAUAGUAACAAUCCAUCCGCAAAUUGUGUAGAACCUCUGGUUGCUAAAGACUCUUCUGGUGAUAAGCUUGUGUCGCCACCAUUACUUUUGGGCAUUGAGACGACUAGUCAUGUUCCAGAAGAAUGUUUGGAUGAUUUUGACAUAUCUAAGGUGUUUAUCUCAACUUCCAUUGUUGGCCGUAGGUAUCGUAGUGCGGAGGUGUUGGAUCCUGAAUCAAAGAUUUGUCUUUGUAGAGACCCUGAGAAUGUUAAAGAUCCAAAUGCUAUCAAGGUACUUUAUGUGGACUCUGAAUAUGAUAACGUUCUGGGUUAUAUACCGCGGGAGUUGGCUCAAUGCCUGUCUCCUUUAAUGGACAAGUUCCACUUGAACUUUGAGGGUAGUAUCACUGCCGUGCCAAAAGAUUCCCGUGCUGCUGUUCCGAUGCAGAUAGCAUGCAAAAAUAUAGAAUUAUGUGAUCAUAUAUGUAGUGAGAACAUUCAACAUUUUAAGUCUUUGUGGAGAGAUGUUCUACGUGUUGUUGAUCUUGCGAAGACUAAUCCCUCUGGGAUGACCAGGUCAAUGAAUAACCUGGUACUGCUUAUACAAGAAGUUUUAAAGAGCAAUCCACAUCUUUUCACGGACAGCGAGAAGUCUUUCUUAGAAUCUUUUCUGUCGCUUCCAGAUGAUAGUAAGAGGCUGUUUGCUCGGCUUUAUACACGCAAAGGGCCGUGGUUUCGGAUGUCUACUAUUUCAUACCCUGAGAUAGUUGAUUGCCACCUAGCAGCAAAGAAGCUUUUAGAUGCAGGAUAUAUUUCUUCGCUCCAGAGAGAGAAUGAAUUAGAAGAGAAUCACUUAGAGGAGGUCUUGAACCUGCUUAACGUUGAUGAGCUACGGGGAGCUUUGCGAGUGCUUAACAAGAAAUGCAGUCAUGGUACCCGAAAGAAAGAGAUCAUUGAUUUGCUUCUAUCUCUGGGCAAGGAUGGCUGCUGCCCUGAGCUUCAGAGUUCUGUUUUGGAAGUAACUGGUUCCUGUGUUAAAGUAUCUCCGUUGGCUGAGUCUCUAUUAUGGCGAGCUGAGAGGCUUUUCUUUCUUAAUGGAGAGCAAGACUUGUCAGCAUUUUUGCUUGUUGAUCUAGGCAUAGUGAAAUAUCCUGCUUACAGAUGCAUAGUCUCAGAGCCCAUCUUUUUAAAUAGGAGCGACUUGCUAUUAUAUGAAGAGGCUAUUGAGAUUUCACAAAUUAUGGUUGAAUCACUUGAUGAGAACAAGUCCGAGUUGAUUUUAAGAUGUAUAGAGAUUUCUGUUUCACGCAUGUCAAUUUCGUUUGAAGAGGACAAAUCGUCGGGCGGUGAAUCAACGGCCACCUUUCAAUCACACUUUUCAGCCUCGUGGGUCUACUCUAAAGUGGCCCUGUUGGGUGUUUCCUUUCUUGAGCGUGAGAAGCGGUACACUGAUGCCAUCAAUCUACUCAAACAGCUGCUGAACACUUUUAUAUCUGAUAGAAGAAGAGGAUAUUGGACUUUGAGGCUUUCUGUUGAUCUGGAACAUCUGGGGCGUAUAGAUGAUAGUCUGCAAGUUGCGGAAAAUGGUUUACUCGAUUCAUGGGUUCGUGCUGGUGCAAGAAUUGCCCUCCAAAGGCGGGUACUGAGAUUAGGGAAACCUCCCAGGCGCUGGAAAACACCCAGCUACUCCAAAUCCAUGAAGAGGAAGAUUUUCGAGGUUCAUGUUCAAGGAAGACCGCUGAAUUGUAAAACAGGAAUGAAGAGCGUAUUUUAUGGUGAAGAUGGAGAACGAUGUGGGGUUGAACAGCUCGCGUUACAGUAUUAUAAUGGGGAAGGCGGUGGCUGGCAGGGUUUCCACACGGAGAGUGGCAUUUGGCUAACCAUUUUCGGUAUAUUAAUGUGGGAUGUGAUUUUUGCUGAGGUGCCAAAUGUCUUCCAGAACAAAUUUCAGACUGCACCAUUGGACCUUGAAACCGACGCCUUCUACCAAACCCGAAAGAACCUAAUAGAAGCACAAUGCGAAAAAAUCCGAGAUGGCAUGGCGGAGGAAAUACUCAUCACAUCAUGGGAUUCACAUGUCGGGACAUCCUGCAGAGGAGUCAGCUGGGAGAAGCACUCUUUGACCGACCUUCGGGCGGCCGUGAAGUGCAUAGGCGGCUCCUGCCUCGCGUCCAUAUGCCGACACCUGGCGCAGGACUACCGGAGCUGGUCGAGCGGCAUGCCUGACUUGCUCCUCUGGCGGCUGCAUGACUGUUACAGUGGGGAGGCGAAGCUUGUGGAGGUGAAGGGCCCAAGGGACAGGCUUUCUGAACAGCAACGCGCAUGGCUCUUGGUUCUAAUGGACUGCGGUUUUAGUGUCGAGGUAUGCAAGAUAACUCCUGCUCCAGUAACAGACAUGAUCGAUUAA